AUGCAACACGACAACAGUUGGAACGCCAAUGUAUGUCAUGAUGGCAUGGUGCCCAAAAUUACCUUGAUCUAUGCCAUGUCUUGCUGUAAAAUUCCAGCUGCUUCACCGAGACCGAGCCCCCUCACCGAGCCCCCUCACCGAGCCCCCUCACCGACCCCCUCACCGAGCCCCCUCACCGAGCCCCCUCACCGAGCCCCCUCACUGAGACCGAGCGCCCUCACCGAGCCCCCUCACCGAGCCCCCUCACCGAACCCCCUCACCGAGCCCCCUCACCGAGCCCCCUCACCGAGCCCCCUCACCGAGCCCCCUCACCCGAGCCCCCUCACCGACCCCCUCACCGACCCCCUCACCAACCCCCUCACCGAGCCCCUCACCGAGACCGAGCCCCCUCACCGACCCCCUCACCGACCCCCUCACCGAGCCCCUCACCGAGACCGAGCCCCCUCACCGAGCCCCCUCACCGAGCCCCCUCACCGACCCCCUCACCGAGCCCCCUCACCGAGCCCCCUCACCGAGCCCCCUCACCGAGACCGAGCCCCCUCACCGAGCCCCCUCACCGAGCCCCCUCACCGAACCCCCUCACCGAGCCCCCUCACCGAGCCCCCUCACCGAGCCCCCUCACCCGAGCCCCCUCACCGACCCCCUCACCGACCCCCUCACCAACCCCCUCACCGAGCCCCUCACCGAGACCGAGCCCCCUCACCGACCCCCUCACCGACCCCCUCACCAACCCCCUCACCGACCCCCUCACCGAGCCCCCUCACCGAGCCCCCUCACCGACCCCCUCACCAACCCCCUCACCGACCCCCUCACCGAGCCCCCUCACCGAGCCCCCUCACCGACCCCCUCACCGAGACCCCUCACCGACCCCCUCACCAACCCCCUCACCGAGCCCCCUCACCGAGCCCGACCCCCUCACCGAGCCCCCUCACCGAGACCGAGCCCCCUCACCGAGCCCCCUCACCGACCCCCUCACCGAGACCGCCCCCUCACCGAGACCGAGCCCCCUCACCGAGCCCCCUCACCGAGCCCGACCCCCUCACCGAGCCCCCUCACCGAGCCCCCUCACCGACCCCCUCACCGAGACCGAGCCCCCUCACCGAGACCGAGCCCCCUCACCGAGCCCCCUCACCGAGCCCCCUCACCGAGCCCGACCCCCUCACCGAGCCCCCUCACCGAGCCCCCUCACCGAGCUCCCUCACCGAGCCCGACCCCCUCACCGAGCCCGACCCCCUCACCGAGCCCCCUCACCGAGCCCCCUCACCGAGCCCCCUCACCGAGCCCGACCCCCUCACCGAGCCCUCUCACCGAGCCCGACCCCCUCACCGAGCCCCGUCACCGAGCCCGACCCCCUCACCGAGCCCCCUCACCGAGCCCCCUCACCGAGCCCCCUCACCGACCCCCCUCACCGAGCCCCCUCACCGAGCCCGACCCCCUCACCGACCCCCCUCACCGAGCCCGACCCCCUCACCGAGCCCCCUCACCGACCCCCCUCACCGAGCCUGGUGGAAGAGGCCGAGAAUCAGUUUAAGAGCUGAGAAGGGCGAGGGACACCGAGAUUUCGCAAGCCGGCGCUAA